GUCCUGGCCAGCCCACUAUGUGUGUGGGGCAGUUCUGUCACCUUUGAGGGAUGCUGCCACCAGACUGCAACAGGACCCAAGACCUACAAGCCGGAUGCCCAGCCACAGGGAGGCCAAAGGCUACCGGCCUUGACGAGGGGCUUGCAGUUACCCGAGGCCUGACCGGCUGGAGAAGGACCUUAAGGCUACGGCAGAGCUGACUGAAACUGGCUGCCCUCCCCAUGGCCUCCAAGCCAGCCGCUGCCACCGCCACGCGGGGCCCUGGGGAGAAGCGCAAGCGGGUGGUGCUGACACUGCGGGAAAAGAUCGACGUGUGCCGGCGACUGGAACGGGGCGAGAGCCGGAAGGCAUUGAUGCAGGAGUACAACGUGGGCAUGUCCACCCUGUACGACAUCCGCGCCCACAAGGCCCAGCUCCUGCGCUUCUUUGCCAGCUCCGACUCCAACUCGGCGUUGGAGCGGCGCCGCACUCUGCACACGCCAAAACUGGAGCACCUGGACCGGGUCCUCUAUGAGUGGUUCCUGGGCCGUCGUGCCGAGGGCGUGCCCGUGUCAGGGCCCAUGCUCAUCGAGAAGGCCCGCACUCUGUACGGCCAGAUGCGCCUCACCGAGCCCUGCGUCUUCUCCGGCGGCUGGUUGUGGCGCUUCAAGGCCCGGCACGGCAUCAGGAAGCUGGACAGUGCCGGCGAGAAGCCGGGACCUGACCGGCAGGCAGCCGAGCAGUUCUGCGGCUUCUUCCGCAGCUUAGUGACCGAGCACAGCCUGUCCCCUGAGCAGGUCUACAAUGCCGACGAGACGGGCCUGCUCUGGCGGUGCCUGCAGGGCUCCACCGCCACUGCCGCCAGCACAACUGGGGUGGUACCAGGCCUUAGACACAGCAGAGACAGACUGAUGGUCCUCCUGUGUGCCAAUGCCACGGGCUCCCACAAGAUCAAGCCCCUGGUGCUUGGCAAGUGUAGUGGGCCCCGGGCUCUCAGGGGCACCUCGCUGCUGCCUGUGGCCUACCGCACACAAGGUCAUGCGGGGGCCGACAGGGAAGUUUUCUUCGACUGGUUCCACCACAUCUUUGUGCCAUCAGUAACAGAGCACCUGCAGGCCACAGGCUUUCCGGCUGGCAGCAAGGCUGUGCUGCUGCUGGGCGGUUCCCAGGCCCGCCCACCUGAGGCUGAGCUGGUCUCCGACAGUGUCUUCACCAUCCUGCUGCAACCCAGCGUAGCCUCACUUGUGCAGCCCAUGGACCAGGGCAUCCGUCGGGACUUCCUGAGGCGUGUCGGUGGGCCCCAAGCCUCACUGCCUGGCUUGCGGCCCCGCUGCUCACUGCAUGAUGCAGUGCUGAGUGUGGCCUGCGCCUGGGAUGCUGUGCCCUGCCACACCAUCCGCCGGACCUGGAGGAAGCUCUGGCCAGCCGGGGUCUUGGCCGAAGACUCGUCCUCCGAUGAAGAAGAAAUCGAGGAGGAAGAGCCCAGGCACGGCCUAGUGAAGCCCCAUGACCAGACCUUUGCUCACAUCAUGGAGCUGUUGCCCGAUGCUUCGGCCGGGCCCUGCCACCGGCUGCCCCUGAGUGAGGCGGGCGUGCUGACAGGCUCCAGUGGAGAGGCGGGAGAGGGGUACCGUGUUGCCGGGCCAGCCCAGUUUGGGGCUGAGGCAGAGGGUGAGGAGAGCCCAGAUGUGACCCCAAGGGACAAUAGCCAGGACUCCCCUGAGGGGGAGGAUGCGGCCUGGGCACAGGCGGCCCAGUCCUUCACUGCAGUGGUGGGUUUUGCUGAGCAGUACCCCUGCUUCACUGCCCAAGAACUGUGCCAGCUGCGGGCGCUGCACUCUGUGUUUGCCAGGCAGCGGCAACUGGCACGAGGGCGCCUGGCACUGAAGGCUGUGGUCAAGCUGGAGGCCCCCCGAGAGUGCUCCCCAUUGCCUGGUUCAUCUGCAGUGGAUCACUGAUGUGGGAGCCCGGGCAGGGCUGUGUGGCCAAGUGGAUGUGUGACACACUCCUGUUGUGUGAAUCUGUCAGAUACGGACCCACCCAGCAAUGUGUGUGUGUGUGUGUGUGUGUUACCUGUUCUUAUGCGAAACUCACGAUGGAUGGAUCAGCCCAACCCAACCUCAGUCCCCUGGUGGUGUGAGUGAAGAGAAAGGCCAGCCUUGGGCAGUGCCCAGGAAGGAACUGGCCCUGCUCUUUGUCCACACAUCUCCCGGUCAAUGCAAUGGUCCUCUGCACACACACACCAUGUGCUGGCACCAGGACCCUCUCUGGUACUGCCCCUGACCAAGAGACAACCCCCUCCCAGAACUCCAUGCUGGCCUAAGUGUGUCAGUGGAUACCCAGGUGGGGCACUGCACAUGGUGGCCUGAACUCACUGUCCGGGGCUUGUCCCCACCCACCAGCACCACUUCUGGUAAGUGGACUUGUGCUCAGUGGCCCUUUAUCUCUCCCUGUGCCAGUUUACCCAUCCCAGGGUACGGGCAUCACUGCCAAAGGCACUGUACUCCCUGUCUCAUGUGGUGGCACUGCGGCCCCAAAGGCCACGACCCUGCAGUGGACAGUCAGGCUCCACCUCUAAUGCCUAUGUAAGGCCCUCAGAGGUCUGGGCCUCACCCCCGGCCGUGAACCCAGACCCCACGGCACCAGGUGACACGCAGGGAGCCCUGUGUGUACUCAGAGGACCAGCAUGGACACUAAGUGGCCACCCAUCUUUGCCCUUGGAGUCCAGCCCGCCCCUAGGCUCAGCCCCCUGUGCUCUGCCUUCCAC